AUGGGCUGGGUCUCGCUUGCCAGCGGGGAGCACGGCGGGGGCGGGACGGUGGACGGGGAGUCGGGGAGGAGGGUGGUCGUGGCCGCCGCCACCACGUUCUUGGCGUCGCUGGUGGGGGUGCCGCUCAGUGCGCGCGCGCUCACAUACGGCAGGAAGUUUGCUGUCAUCGCCACUUCGGCUUGCUUCGUUGUGUGCUGGUCGCUGAAGCUGUCGGGCGGCGGGUGGCGGGUGGUGGGGGCGCGCGUGGCGGCGGGGCUCGGCGGCGCCGGCGCCUACUCCGUGCCGCCGCUCAUAGCGCGAGAGAUGUGCGAGUCCAGUAUACGCGGCGCAGCUUCAUCUGCCCUCAUCCUCGCUCACAACUUGGGUUUCCUGGUGAUGUACAUGGCCGCUGACUUCGGGCUCCAGCACAGCACGGUAUUGUGGUCGUGCCUGGCCGUGUCGGCGGUGCACUGCGUAUUGUUUCUACUGGUGCCAGAGUCACCCGCGUAUCUCGCAGCCACUGGCAGACACCAGGAGGCAGCGGCAUCACUGGCGUGGCUGCGCGGUCUACCUACAGGACACCCCACACUCGACGCUGAGGUGGCCGCGCUCCCACCACCAGACCCCGCACCGAUGUCUCCUAUAGCCCUGUUCAAAGAUAUGCUAAGUGAUAUGGGUCGUCGCCGGGCCUUCAUCAUAUGUUUCGUGGCGAUAGUCGGUCAGGAAGCGUGCGGCGUAUACACGUUGAUGCAGUUUGCCGAACGAGCUUUCGUUCUCGCUAGAGACACCGGUGUCGAAAGCGCAAAACCACUAGUGAAUUCUAACGAAACCGUAGCCAGAGAAGUUUCAACUUAUGAUGGUAUCGUCGCCGAUGCUCUAUCGAUGGCUGGAAGCGAAUGGUCUAAUGCGACUGCUGCUCCUGGCGAGUUGGCGAGCAGGGAAAUCGUUUUGCUGUCACCGGCGCGGCAGGCUGUGAUACUUGGAAAGUUGUUGGUGUGGUGUGGUGUGUUGACGGCGCUGUGCCUGUGCGCGGGCGGCGCGUGCGCGGCGUGGGCCGCGGGGGCCGCGGGGGGCGCGGGGGCGGCGCGGUGGGGCGCGGGGGCGGCCCUGGCGGGGGCGGUGGGGGCCGACAGCGCGGGCUUGCAGUCCGCGCCCUACGCGCUGCUAGCUGACAUGUUCACCUAUCCAGUUUAUUUAUCACACAAUCAUUGA